AUGGCAAUCAACGAUCUCGCCACUAUCGAUGCAUCAAAAGAGAAUUGGUCUAUUGUAGCUAAGGUGAACUGUUUGUGGCUUAACCAUAGCUUAUAUGGAUCCAAGCUUCCAUUUUCCAUGGACAUGAUUCUUAUGGAUGAAAAGGGUUGUAAGAUUCAUGCUUCGGUUAGGAAGACUCUGAUAUACCGAUUCCAAUCUUUGCUAAGUGAAGGACGUGUAUAUCAGAUUUCUAUUAUUGCUCCUGGAAUGGGAGAAAAUUACUCCAUGCGUGUUUUAUUAAAUAGGCAAAAAGGCUGUGACAAUGUUAAAAGCAUAAGAACUGUAAAGGGUGUUGUUUAUCCCACAUUCCGCAAUGCAUGCGAAGCGAUGAGAUUAAUGGAGGAUGACCGGGAGUAUGUUGAUGGAAUUUCAAUUGCAAGUGAACUUGGUUCCGGAUCUCAGCUACGGAAAUUAUUUACAAGAAUGCUUAUGACAAACUUGAUUUCCAGGCCACAAGAAGUUUGGAGAAAGUCUUGGACUCUUUUAAGUGAUGGGAUUUUAUAUGAAAGAAGAAAAUCACUCAACAUUCUAGAGCAAGAGAUUGUUUAUAAGAAUGUUUUGGACGCUGUGUUGUCUGAUAACGGUGGAUUCUUUUUUCUAUAUGGUUUUGGAGGAUCUGGAAAAACAUUUGUUUGGAAUACAUUAUCUGCUGCUUUGCGUUCAAGGGGCCUUAUCGUCUUAAAUGUCGCAUCUAGCGGAAUUGCAUCGCUAUUGUUACCUGGAGGUAGAACGGCUCAUUCAAGAUCUCUUAAUGACAUCAUGAAGACUCAGUCUACCCAUGGUUAUGACAUUCCAUUCGGAGGUAAAGUUGUGGUACUAGGAGGCGACUUUAGACAAAUACUUCCAGUUAUUUCCAAAGGAAGUCGUUCUGAAAUCUUCGGUUCAGCUAUCAAUUCUUCAUAUUUGUGGAAGCAUUGCAAGGUAAUGAAGUUGAUUGUUAAUAUGAGAUUGCAAAAUGCUACAUCGACUUCUUCAGCAAAAGAAAUAAAAGAGUUUCCAGAUUGGUUGCUUCAAGUGGGAGAUGGUACAGCUAAAACGAUUGGUGAAGAAGAAACACUUAUUGAGAUUCAUCCAGAUCUUCUUAUUGAACAGUGUAAGGAACCGUUGCUUGAAUUAGUUAAUUUUGCAUAUCCAAACCUUGCGCAUAAUUUGCAAAAAAAAUCAUUCUUUCAAGAAAGAGCGAUCUUUGCACCAACACUAGAAUGUGUAGAGGAAAUCAACAACUUUAUGUUAGCAAUGAUUCCUGGUGAUGAAACAGAAUAUUUGAGUUGUGAUACUCCGUGCAAGUCAGACGAAGAUUCGGGUGUCAAUGCAGAAUGGUUUACAUCUGAAUUCUUAAAUGAUUUCAAAUGCUCUGGAAUUCCAAACCAUGCAAUUAAACUGAAAGUUGGUGUCCCUAUCAUGCUCAUUCGAAACAUAUACCAAGGUGCAGGGUUGUGUAAUGGCACUCGAAUGAUAGUCAAUGCUUUGACUAAAUAUAUAAUUGUUGCCACUAUUUUAAAUGGAAACAAGAGUCGUGUAUAG